AUGACCUACCCCCACAAAUUGAGCUGGCAAUGGUUGAUUGAGAAGUACGUCGAUCCUAAUCAGUAUACCGUUGACCCUAUUCGAAAGAUACGCACUGGUGGACGUGGUCCUGAUGGUCACAUUCAAUACAAGCACGUCACUACGGGACUUAACAUGCCAUACUUUCUCGUUGAUUACGUACAUUCGCGGCAGAUGGAAACCAAGGAGGUCUACGAGGAAGUCAUUCUCAAGAUUGCCAAAAACUGGUGGCGCGACCCAUAUCUCGCAUUGACUGCUUCUAGUGAAGUAAAGAGGUGGAUUAUCGCUACAUCGAACAUGAAAGAGGGAGAUGUCAUCCGUUCUCACUGGGAGAUUCCCAGCAUUCCUGUCUUGCCUGUUCUGGGCGACGCGUAUCCAGUGGGAGCUCUACCUGUGGGCACGCAGGUCUGUCUGAUCGAAACGCAUCCGGGCGAGGGAGCGGUGAUUUGUCGAGCAGCGGGCACCAGCGCCACCGUGGUGCGACGUGGCGCUGCAGUACAUGAUUUGUCCGGUCUGCGCACUCAAAUGGAAGAUAUGCUCUCUGCCGAGCCCAUCGAUGACUGCUUCACUUCCACCUUGCAACUUGACUCCUCGCGUCGCGAAGUUCGCCUCCUGCCUACUUGUGUAGUGGUCGUUGGCCAGGUCUCCAACGAGUUGCACAACAGGCAACGCUAUCGCAAGUUUGGCGAAAAAUACUGGCACGGGAUAAAACAGCGCAGUGGUCUCUAUCAGAAGAAGACUGGUCGAUUUGGAAGGAAGAUUCGUCCGGUAGAUCCGCUACUUGAUUGCACCCAAGAUGAGGUCCCAGACGGCGAGAUCAGAGCAAAACUCACGCUACCGGAGCGUCCAGAGUUCGAACGAAGGCGAGUCAGAGAGAUCUUUGCAGACUCUUUGCUUGUCAAGCGACCCAAGACAAGGCCAGUACCGGGACCCAACAAUGCUCUACCACAUACCCUUCCUCGAUUCACCUGGCGUCACUGUUAG